CUUUGCCGUCGAGGACCCACCCCUCAAGGCCGAGGGGUUUGGUUGCACACAGGCUGCAGUUUCAGUUUGUUUUAUUCACCAUUUUGAGUAGCUGAAGGUAAAAAAAUUAAGAAUAUUUGCGUGAGGAGGAAAGGUCGCUGCCCUACUUUGAUUUUUACGCACUAGCUCGGACGGCGGAGUUGUACGCCAGCCUCGCUCCCCCUCGGUGUUUUGCAGAGCGGGAAUCUAUAUUUCUUUUUUUCCAAGUGCUUUUCUUCUCCCCCCUCUUUUCUUACAUCCGUAACCUCUACAGUAUUCCUGCAAAAUGUCAAGACCAGUGAGGUAGGUGUGCUAAUUCCGUCCGCAGCUUUCCUCUAACUUAAUAACGACACCGUGCUGGCAGCCAUUGCAGAUAACAUGCACGGCUGGACCAUGCUGUUUUUAUGAGCUGUGAAUGUGUUUGUUUCAUGAAAAAAUAAUGGGAAUGUGCGUGUGUGUGUUUCCCUCCCGUGUGUGUGUGUGCACCCUCUCUUUUUCUAACAUGGAUCCCAGCGGUGUGGACUUCGCCAUGUCUGUGUCGUGUCUCUCAGGCUUUCCACAGAUCCAUCAUGUGCAUUGUUGCCUCUAAUGUAGGCCGAGCGAAAAAAUUAGGCGGUGUGAUUUAACCAGGUCUGUUUUACGGCUCGCUUACUCCAGGCCUUACAAUAUUUUCCCUCUCUGGCUGAGAAUGAGAAUAUGGCUACCCAUUCAAACAGGGGAGGCUCUAAACGCUAAUACAACCCCCCCUCCCCACCAACACUGAAAAAAGACGCCCGGAGGAGGUGGUGUCGGCCUCCGGAUUUGAUCCUGUUACCGCGCAGACUAGGCACGUCGGAGCCGUAGUCCGCUUUAUAUCGUGUUUUACUGCUACUUCGACAUUUUUUUGUCUCUCCAGUCGUAUAUUAGCAGAAGAAAAUGUCGCUGGAGAAAAAAAAGGCAGCGCGGAUGUCCACAUUUUCAGCGCUGGCUGUAAAUUAUCAGGCUGGCUGAUGUCAGAGGAGGGCGGAGAACCAGGGAGAGUCACCACACCCCCCUCCAAUGCGAGACUGGACUGUCUCCAGGCCCCGUUAAUGCUAAUUAAAACGUCCUUUAAACUUGAUUAGAAGUCAUGUUGUGCCAUCAGAUUUCAUACAUGACUUAAAUGCUUCACUUAAACUGGUGGUAUUUACAGGUAAAAGUUUGGAUAUAAUUCAGUUUCAUGAAGCAGAAGGAAAAAUGACACUUCUUUAUCUGGGAUCUCUGUGUAGGGGGUUGAUUUUUAUUAAAUAACCCCUGAAUUAUGAAAAUAUUAUGGUAACGUGCAGAUGCACCAAUAGUAAAAUACUGAUAUCAAUUAACCCUCUUUGCAUGACUUCUUUGUGUAAAAUUUCCACAUUGCAAACAUUUUCUUUCAAAAUCAGUUUGUCUAACAAAGGACCCACUGAGCAACAGACGGCUAUAUGACGUCUAGUUUUUGUUUAAACCUCAUUUCAACCAUCUAGAUUCUGUAUAUUUUUAGACAGAAUUUAGACGUUGCACUUUAACCCAUUAUUUGAUAACUAUUUAUUUCAAAAGCAACUGUGAGUUCAUAACUGAUCUCCAAGUACUUAACCAAAAAAAGUAUUAUAGCCAUUGAGCAAUAUACAGUGUAGUAUAGAUAUAGCCAAGAUUUAAACUUAAAUUUAGACGUCUAAAAAACUUUUAAGAGAAACACCAACUGUUCAUCUCAAGUUUUGCAUUAUGAGGGCCAGGGAUGAACUGGCAAACAGGAACACAGCUGUUGUUGGACUGCUCAAUACUUUGAAGUGUGGGCCGACCAAAAGUUAGGUUGAGGCAGCAUUUUCAAUCAGGCCACCACCAAUAAUAUGCUUUAAAACUCCUUUGAAGAAAACUAAUUGUUGGAACGGCAUUAAAAAAAAAAAUCCUUAAAAUUCAGUGAUGUUGAUUUUUGGAGAUCUCCAAAAUCCACAAGUUUAAAAGGAUAGUUUUAAAAUGGGUGUUAAACACAUCAAAGUAAAUACUUUAUCUGACAAAGAUUGAUUGAAUAUCUCUAUCUGUCUCUUUCUCUCUGACUAAAUUAAAUAUCAGGGCUUAACAUCAUUUUUUUUUAUUUUUUUACAAGGAGCACAUGUGGUGCUAAGUUGAAAAAGUAAGGAGCACACAAAGAACUUUAGGUGCACAAAAAUAAUUGAUCAAACAAUGUGUGUCUUAUUGGUCGACAUAAGUUCUAUAAUUUAAAAUAAAUUUUAGGUCAAUUGGUCACAUGACAUGAAAGCAAUUGAAGGAAAAAAGCCUUUUUUGAGAACAUCAACAGGUAUUUUAUUGACGGUCCCUUAUUCAACACCCAACAUUGACAUUGACGGUAAUGGAGAAUGAGAAACUGGUAGACCCGCAGUGAAUGGAGUAAUGAGAUUUAACUGCGGUGCUAUUGCCAUUCCCGGUUGUGGAGAGUAAGAAGACACCGGCAGAUCCGCAGUGCAUGUUAGUGGAAUAUCCAACCUAAAACUAACUUCACCGCAGUAUUUACAUGAAAAACAUUCAUUGCCUCGGCUGAUUUUUUUUUUUAUGCACAUGUGUGCUUCGAUACAUUUUACAAUUUGCACACAUCUAUUUUUAGUUGCAUUUGCAAGUGAAAUGGUCGCACUGUCGAGCCCUGAGAAGCGUGGGCUGACGAAAAGUUAAGUUAAGGCAACAUUUUCAAUCAGGCCACCACCACCAUAUGCUUUAAAAUUGUUGGUGUUGCUGAGACUACAUUAAUAGUCUGUACGGUCUACGGUACGGCAUUCAAAAAAAAAUCCCUCAAAAUUCAGUGUGUAUUUUUGGAGAUCUCUGCUUAACCCACAAGUCUAAAAGCUUGUAUAGAUAAAACCAUGGAUAGUUUUAAAAUGGGUUUAAAACACAUCAAAGUAAAUAUUUUAUCUUACAAAAAUUGAUUGAAUCUCUCUCUUUCUCGCUUCCCCUCUUUAUUGGUGUAUUUUGGCUCAAAUAAAUAUGGUCAUCGUGUUCAAAGAUCUUGUCAAAAUCAGGCAAAUAAUCACCCAUGCUUCUUCCAAAAUGUCACUACAUUACUGUUCUCAAACAAGCUCUGCUCUGGUCCUGUUGCUCUCUGACACUCCUGGUGUCUCUUACUCACAUUUCUUCUGUUGUCUUCCUGCAACAAGUGAGAUCUCAGGAGAUGUCAGAACAACACUUCUCCAUCAAUGAGAUUUGGUUGUGCACAGACUGACAUAAGUGGAAGGUAAGGGAAACCCCUUACCUCUCUGGUCUCUCGUUUUGUACAACAAUCUGAGCCUCUCGGUCCACUUGUAGUGGAGACAGUUUGGCGAUGCACAAUCGCCUGGUCAAACAUUGUUUAAGCUGGUUUCAUGGCUGCUGGCAUGGCAUGGCUCUGCUCUCCCUCAUUACUGAAAUUGUCCUUCCCUUCAGUCAGUCAGUCACAAACACACUAGGGCUCAGGCUAAAGAAUACCAAAGUUCCUCUUUAACGGCUGCCGUGGGUCAGUUUUGAGACAGCUCACUACAGGAAAUCUAGAAAAUUAAUGUUGCAUCAACCUGACUGAAAUCGGACUUGAAAAGUCCAGGGAACAUGUUGGUCUGUCUGAAACACGUUCAGUUGGUUUGACUAGCACAGACAGUUUCUGGUCGAUUUUUACGAGACAAAGCUUUAGUACAGUAGGUGUUGAAGUCCCACUCCGAUCCUUUUUUCUCUGUGGUCUUUUAAUUGUGAUUCUAAAGUUUUUACCCAAAAUCACAUUACCUGUGUCAUUUUCAAGGUUUUUUCUCAUGCAGAGCUCCAGUAGCUCAUUAGCAAUUAGCCAGACAGCGCUACGUUGCACAUUCCUCUUCAUGCUAGCUUGUAGCCUAAUAUUGCUAGUGUAGUAGAAGUAGCAGGUAACAUAGGAGCUAUUCAGCUAUUGGACACUAAUGUCUUUGGGGACAUGGUGAAAGCUAAUAUCAUAAUUAGCUUUUUUCCGAGCAUUGCAAUCUGCUAACACACACACCUGUUGUUCGCGAUUAUCCUCUGUAUUUCUUAGAGUCUGGGGCUCCGGGGGCGGAGCUUGAAGUAGUGACAUAGGAAAUCUCAUUGUGUCUGAGCUUGUCGUUUGGGUCUGCCUGAGAUUCACAGCAAUUUGAAUGCAGAAAUACUCAGAAAUGCGAUUUCACAUAUAUUUUUCUCAUGAUAUGUCCCGUAGCAUCAGAAAAAUGCCGUACGAACAUGUAGACAUAGGAAAUCUCAUUGUGUCUGAGCUUGUCGUUUGGGUCUGCCUGAGCUGUCACAGCAAUUUGAAUGCAGAAAACCAGUUUGUCUUUGCUAACUGGUUUACUAAUUGUUUUUGUAUAUGAUAUGAAAGGUCAGACAAAGAAAGAAAUGCACUGUUUUGCCCACAGGAGGCACCAAUAGCAACACAAUUGAAAAUUUAAACCUGGGCGAGCAAACCAUAUAAAAAUCUGCUGAUACAGUUACAAAGUAGACUGAUUUUUAUAGAGUGUCCUCAGUGUACUGUUAUUGUCCUGUUUGGUUGGACAGCACCUUUGUCAUCUCGCUUUGCUAACUCUUUGAGGUCUGAAUCCUUGAGACGGUGGUGCCUCAGAUUUACCCGGCUGUUGGAUGACUGGUGGAUCAGGAGGAGGAAGAGAAUUGAGAAAUGCUCAUUAUAAAGGGAAGAUGUCUGGUUUAUUUUUGGGGUAGCGCAGUACAUACCUUGACAUAAAAAUAAAGCUGACAAGAGUUGUGAGGAAGCACUGGGCCACAGAAUUACCCUCAAGUGCUUUUAGGGGUGGGCAAUAUGGCAAAAUAUCAUCAUAUGUAAGAUGAUCACGAUGAUAAAUAAUGGCUGCGAUGAUGAAAUUAUAAGGUACUGUAAUAAUCGUUCCAAUUUAAGGACGAGUGGCAGCGUCACUCAGCAGAGGCGAGCGAAGCUGAGUACUUACCAACCUAACCCGCUUGUAGUCUUACCCACGGUGUCAAAGCCUCGGUAGCAAAAUGUACACAAUGCAUUGCAUUGCGGCCACCCAAAGCACUGUUGGAGUGUGUCCACAAUGCGUCCCAUCCGCUCAUUAGCUUCUUAAAGUGGAGGAGAUAUGAUCUGAUAUUUUAAAAAACACGAGUAUUGGAUCAUGACAACCUGUCACAUGGAGCAGCAAACUUUCGUACUGUUAUAUAUAUAUAUAUAUAUAUAUAUAUAUCACCAAUAUCUUGAUAUCAAAUUUUUCAUAUCGGCACAUGCCUAUUUUGCAGCGAAGCCUAUUUGCAUUUACGGGGCAUAUUUUGCUACCAAUUAAUGUAUUGAUCUUUGAUGGUGCACAGAGAUACUAUUUGGUCUGCACAGGAUUAGCAGGCUAAGGUUGUGCAAUCUUUGGGUGAAUCAGGCCCAGAGAGACACAAAAUCCACUCACUUUUGGCAAGUACACCUCUGACCAUAAAACACAGAGAACUCACAGGAAAAGUAAAAAAGAAAAUGUUGUGUUGCAGUACUAAGGGCACACGGCAUAAUAAUGCAGUGGACUCACCACGGGUCAGACUUGCUGUUUGUUGAGCUUGUGGUCAACAUUAGAGCUGUGCAUUAAAGAUGGCGACACUGUGUGUCUGUGUGUGAGCGUAGGACUGCAACAGAUAGAAUGCUCCAAUACUGUGAUAUCUCUGUGUUAGUUCUUCAGGAUCCAAUAUUUUCACACCGCACAACCUGCGCAGUGUGUUUACGUAAUUGCAUAAUUGACCGUAUGCUAUGCUUACUUCCUUUUGCGCGCCAAGGUCAAAUUAUUGUUUCAGCUUCUAUUGAUGACUGUAGUUUUUGAUUUCAUCCAUGGUGCGAUCUACUGGUUCAAGUUUUUAUUUUCCUUCUUUAAAAAUUGCCCCUCCACCACCUCCAUCCCCCCAAACAACAAACAUGUAAAGGUUAUAUUCAAGAGCAAUAGCCUGGUCCUUGCUCGGAGUGCAGAGUGGGUUUUAAUCUACAAGACUUUUUGCAUAGUGAUACAGCAUGUUACUUUUACUGUAUUUGGAUUUUAUCUUUUCAGAGUGUGUCUGUACAUCGUAUAAGGCUCCUGAAAUAUCUCUUUUUUUCUCUCUUAAAUAAAAAAAAAAAAAAACUACUCAGAGAGCACAACAAACUGUUGAAUCUGCACUCUGUUAUUUUCCCAGCAGAGGAAUCGAGCCACAUAACUGUUCAUUCUUAAAAAUAAAUCCCACUCUCAUCUCUGUCCAGAGAAACUGUUUUGGUUUCCUACUGAAAGCUGUGGCUGGGAAACAGAUAAUGUAGAUUUAAAAGUGGGGGAAAAAAAAGGAAAUAGCUCGACUGAAUGAUCUCAAAUUUCCUACAAAUAAUCACCAAUCUGCUCCUUGCUGUGUGCUAGGUGGUAAAUUGAUUCUCAACACAUCAUGAAAAUUACGACCAGAAUUAUUUUCCAUCUUUUCCACGAUUAAAUGACUCUAUAAUUGAGCUUUUUACUAGAAUGAUAUGUUGCUCUGAAAUUUAUCAGAUUGGAUUGUUAAUGAAUGGAAAGCCUGUUUGUCUCUUACUGCUGCUGCGAGACCUUUUACUGUGGGAUGUGUUGCAUAAUUACCCGCUGUUGUAAUCUCGUUGGUUGUAAAAGUUUAUGGUAGUGUUACCCCCAGUACUCACCUCCACCACACUUCAAAAAGUGUGAUAACCCCAACAGGGAUAUAAAACCUGGUCAGGAUACUCGGGGAGUUUUACGAGCAGGUCUUGUUGAAGGAAGGUUUUCAGUGUGGUCGCUGCACAGGGGGUACAUGAGGUAGGGCUGCAGCUAUCGGAUAUUUUAGUAAUUGAGGAUUCUUUUUUUAUCUUUUUUUUAUCGUCAUCAUUGGUACAUUGCGUCCUUCCCCAUGUCCAUUGUAGUCAAUGUCCUUAACCUUACCCCAUCGAGGGCAUAUUCUUGAGAGGAACAUCAACAUCCUAACCUCCACUGUGCAACUAAGAACCAGAAAUAAAAAAUAAGAUAAAAUAAGAAACCCAAAACGAAAAUAUUUACAAAUGUAGUAAAGGGUAAAAAAAAAAAAGAAAAUCUAACCGAUGGAGAGAGAGGAGUGUCUAACUCAGAAUUUCUGUAAAAGCGCUCUACGUUAGAGCAGGGGAGCCAGAUGGAUCAUACAAAAUCUGCUCUUAAUGGGGCGAUCUGCGUUUUCCAUUUGUUCCAAAUUUGAUUAAAUGUAAUCGAGCAUUCUACUGAAUAUUCCAUCAAUUAAUCGAGUAAUCGGAUAAAGCAUAUUUUUUUUUCUAGUUAAAGUGCAAUUCUCGCAGAACAAGUGUGUGCAUUAGCGGAUUGCAAUGCCUGUAAGAAAGCUAAUCAUGAUAUUAACUUUAGUCAUGACAUUUGUGUCCAAGAGCCGAACAGCUCCUAUGUUACCUGCUACUUCUUCUACACCGACAAUGUUAGACUGCAAGCUAGCAUGAAGAGGAGUGUGCAGAGCAGCGCUGUCUCCGUCCAUGACUCAGAGGCGAAAUGCUAAUGAGCUACUGGAGCUCUGCAGUAGAAAUGCUCCUCUCAUCAUUUAUUUUUUCUGCUCUGCAAAAUCAAAACCGCGCUUACUCCCCUUUCUACCACGGUGACGUUCGAGCGUUGUGUCAUCUUUAAAAUGAUCCAUGCGAAACAGUGACAAUUUGAGCUUAUAAACGAGAACGUAAGGCAGAGAAAAUUCCUCAAUCAUUUUUUUGUAAUCGAGAUACUCUUUAGAUACUCAUUAGAGCAGCAACAGGAUUGAAAAAAAUCUAGGACUUUAAAACCCCCUGAAAACAUGUUAAUUGUUUAAAAAAAAACGAAAGCAAACAAAACGUUAAAAUCUUCCAUGUUUCAGUAUCACAGCACUUUAUAGUGGCUCUGCAGUAGAAGAGUCCUGGUGCUAAACCGGCCUGUCUGCAGUACCAGCUCGUCCCCCAUCAAACAUUGAGUGUAUCGUUAAAAGAAAAUAUAUUUAAGGAGACCCCAAUAGUACACUUCCAUAAUCUGCAAACAGCUUCUUAUUUAAUUUAUGCCAAAGAUGAUAAUCUUGAGGUUUGCCCAGAGCAUCACUGGGCGAGAGAUCAACCUGAGUGAAUCCUCAAGAUUUUUUUUAUUGAUAAACAGCAGAAAUUUACCGCAAACCAAUACGUGUGAUAGAUAUGACGCACUUUCUCAGGAUUGACAGAGCUGACUUGUUCUGCGAGGUGGUUAUAAAUCAAUGAAUGUCAAUCAAGGUGUCAGAUGUUUAGAGUCUGAAAUUGCACAAAUGAUAUUUUAUAGGCCUUUUUGAUUUAAAAAAAAAAAAGAUGAAAUCCUAAACUACGACUUCAAUUUCUGGGUUGGGAUCUGGCAGGGUGGUGGAAGUAUCCAUUGAAUUGGUGGAAAUGAAAAUCAAAGUAUGGAUGGACAAAAUGUAUUGAUUGUUAGUGUGUAGAAUAAUUUUAAAGCGCUGUUUUUACUGAGGUAAGAUAUGGAUUUUAGAACCUGUACUGUACAGCCUCCAGACAGGUGUCACCUGAACUCGGCUUGGCUGCUGUCACCCGAAGCGUUCCUCAUUCACUUUGGCAAAUUAGCCCUGGAAACUGUAGAUGUCGGACCAGUGUCCUAUUUAGUGCCCUCAGAUGGACAGCCUGUAACUUCUCCAACUAAAAUAAACAAAUCCAGGUUUUAUUCACACACAGCUGACGUGUUGUUUGUACGUCGAUUGAGAGAGAUGAGCUUUGUGUUCACGCCCCCAUCCUCCAACAUCUGAAUGAAUGAUAUCACAUCUGAUGCAGAAGUGUAUUCACUGUGUGUAAACGUAACCUGAUGCAGAGUGUGUUCUCAUUCACAGGAACAGGAAGGUGGUGAACUACUCACAAUUCAACGAGUCUGACGAUGCAGGUAAGAGAGGUUGAAGAGGUGUGUCAGUGAAGAGUACAAGCUUUUCCUCCUAUGGAAGAAUUCAGGAGCUUUUGCUUGUUGGCAGAGGAAGAUUGAACCAAAACACAUUUUAUACUAAUGUCACUGUUGAGGAAGCAGACUGUAAAAAACAAAAGAGUGAUAGUCCGUCCUACUGCUCAUGUUUUGUGUAAAAAAAAAACUCAACUGUCUUUCUUUUCCCUUCAGACGAGGAGUAUGGUGAUAGUAAGCCCAAGAAGGUGCGCACAGCCCCUCGUGAGCCCAAGCACAAGCGCUCAAAGAACUCACAGGAUGACAGGUGAGCUCCUGGUGUAGAUUGAUCAGACGGGCGGUGUGGAGUGUUUGGUGCUUUGACCUUUCAGAGCAGGGUUUAGGUUAGCUAUAGGUUUCAUGUGUGGUUUUCCAAGGAGGCAAAGAUAAAAUCAGAGAAAAUGUCAUGAGAAAAGCGACAAAUAAAUUUUGUCUGAAUGUACGACUUGAAGAAACAGAAAUGUGUCGGAAAGGCGACUCCUGUACUGGCAGAAGGUCAGGGUUACCUGAAUGAAUGAGUGAAUCCAUAGUCACAGAAUGAUGUCAGCCAGCGUUGACCUGCAUGAAGUGGAGAGAGGUUAUCAACAAACGGAGAGACAGAAGGGAUGGGGGUUCUGCCGCUUGGUCUGGCUUCAUAAGAGGAAAUAGACAUUGAAACAACAAAAAAGACGACUGUCUUUUCUUUGAAAUAAUCAUAUUUACAUAAUAGUAUAACAACAAAGUAAAUAAAAAAGAUAACAGCUCUAUACUUUUAUGUGUCAGGUAUGAAAACUAAAAUGAACUAGCUCAAAGACUGAAAAGUGAUUUGUUGGUUUAGGACAGUGGUUCUCAAGUCCAGUCCUCGAGGUCCACUGUCCUGCAUGUUCUGGAUGUCUCCCUGCUCCAACACACCUGAUUCAAAUGAUCAGCUCGUUAUUAAGCCAUUACAGAGCUUGAUAACGAGCUGAUCAUUUGAAUCAGGUGUGAUUGAGCAGGGAAACAUCCAAAACAUGCAGGACUGUGGGCCUCGAGGACUGGACUUGAGAACCACUGGUUUAGAAUAAAUUUUUUUGUGGUAAUUGUAGGUUAUUGAGCAGAUAUGGUUAUGUUUGUACGGCUGUAACUCUGAAACUGUGAAUCGUUCAUCUUCGUUACUCAAGUGUAAAACAAUAUUUUGCCUAAAAUGCAGAAUUUAGAGGGGAAAUUGGUUUGUAUAUAAUACACAAGAGUCUUAUCAGUCUGUUCUUAAGAGAUUUCCAUGUAGAAAGAUGGUCGAACAACCAGCAGAGUUUGACAUGAACGGUAGUGGACUCCAGUGAAAGUUAUCAUCAACUCAAACAAUAGCUGGUUUACAUCUGCUGAAGCGGGGCAGAGAGUUUGACUCUUUACUGCAAAAAAAACUCAGAUUGGUCAAAACAAUCAGAUAAUGUUUUAGAAAACAGACCAGGUUCAACCAAAAACCCGUUUGGAAGUCCUCAACAAUUGUAAGUGCUGGUCAGAAAAGCUAAUCUAUGAAUCCAUAAGUUCGCGUGCUGGAAAAACACUUUGAAUGCAUCGCUGUUACAUGCAGCUGCAGCAAGCGCGUGACGUGUGGAUCAAUAAUAUAAGGAGUAGGCGAUUGAAAAUAGGGCAGAAAGGCAGCUGAGAAGAAAAGAAAGUUGAGAAGAAAGGUAGGACAGCUUCAGUUAUCUGGAAACAGUUUGGCUUUAGAGGUCGAGCGGAAGGAAAUUGUUUGUCAUGCUGUCCUGUCUGCUCCUUAAGGCAACACGACCAACUUCAGGUUUUCCCCUAUAUGCAGUUGAUUGUGGCGCACCGCCAAAGCUAAUUAAAAAUCGGCACACCUUAAAAAUUAGUCUGUUUUAUACGUGGCCCCUAACUCGGACUCAUGUAAAAGUAUAAGCGCAUGCACGUGGGUGCUGAGUACAGAGCUGAUUCAUUUUUAAUUUUUAACCUGUUUACUUGUUACUAAUUUAUUUCUUGCUGUUCGUUUAGGUUGAAUUUAAAGUUAAGUUCUGGUGGUUCAAUAGAUACCAAAAAUUUUGAAAUCAAUUAAUAACUGUGUUUAUCAACCGGGAUUUCAGUAUCGGUCAAAAUGAUUGUGAUCAUUAUUUUUGCCAUGAUCUUCCUGCCCCAGGUUAGGCUCAGGAAGCCUCUGCAGGGUACAGAGAAGCUGAAGUAGGCGGUUUGUCAUAUACAGUUUGAGACUGGAGACAGCCAGGUGUGCUGUAGCGGUGAGUCAGGCCGGGCGAGGGAUGAGCAAGAAAAGUGUGGAGAGAGAGAAACUCAGCUGGAGGUGACUCUGGGGGAGGAGGAGAGCUGCAUUCGAUUUAUCACAGCUGCAACUUGUGAUUUACUACUUAUCCAGAAUCCAGUAGGGGAUCUUAGUGGCCUGGGUUGGCACACUUAAUGGCUUUUGAGUUAAGUUCCUUGGCCAGGUUCCUGUUUAUGAUUUAAGACACCAGCAUUAAUUUAGUGACUACUGAUCGAGGUUCAGUCAUGUUACAGCUGCAGACACUCGGAGCUUCACACUUUCUUCCUGCUAACCUGAUCAUGCUCCAGCGAGGAGGAGGAGGAGGAGGACGGUACGGGAAACGCAGUCAGUGUCUUUGUUACCAAGACAGGAAAGCUGGUGGUGCCUCCGCCUCCCGUUUACCUCCACAGGUUUACUCAAACAGAGGAGCAGUUUAACGUCGCAGGGUGGAGGGAGAAAACUGAAACACCACGUUUGAAGGUUUAAUAGAAAUGGUUCAACCAAGAGUCAUGUAAUACUAAAGAAAUACAGUGAUAGAAAAUAAUGCCUUCAGAAGCAUUAACGCUGCUACACUCACUCUGAGGGACAAAAAGUAAAUAAAAAAAUCACGCACACCUUCACAUCCCUGCACCCCGCUGGCCAAUCACAGCGUGAAGUAGGCGCUUGUUGAACCAUUCAUUCAGAAAAAAAGGCCAAACAUGUUGAGAUGAAAAGUUCUGCUAUAAUCAGGAAGUGGCACACGGUGCACAGUCAGUCAUUAUCUGGCUGCGGUUCUCUGUCAAAGUAGUAACUAUCCUCUUUGAUGAUAACAGGAAAUCAGCCCUCUGUGUCAUUUUCUCGAUGAUUCAUUCAUCAGUCCGUGGGAGUUUGUUGGUGCUCACCUCACAGGAAACACUGUAGAAGUCAUGAGUACAGUGCUUAUCUCGUGUUUGAGGUUUAAUGACACUUUCACUCUGAUUGCAUAUAACUGGGUCAGAAUUGUGACCUGAGCAACAAAGACUCAGUUGUGAAUCUAAUCGGUUUUUAAUCGAAUCAGGAUUUGAUCCGGAUGGAGACACUUAAAAUGACAAGAGUGACUGAGGACUGAGACACAGUCGAAGAGGCAGCCUUUACUCAGCACCUUCCAACAGAGCUUCAUGUAGGACUAAGCAAUUAUAUGAUUGCGAUUAACGAUCCUGAUAAAUUUCAGUUCGAUCACAGUGAUCAGCUGUGUGCAAAGUUACUCAAUCAAACAAAGAGGAAAUGUGUGUGACCUUCUCACUUCUGUAAGUUUCUGGAGAAGUAAACAGGACCAAACGUUGAGCCGAGGACAGCAAAAUAGAUGUCAGCCAUGACUCUGAGUCAUCCUCCAAAGACGCCAUUGUUGAGAAGAAAAGUUACUCAAUGUCUCUUGUGUGGCGGUGGUUUGGGUAUCUCCUAAGUGACGUCGAGCCAAUGUGCAAGUUAUGUUGGUGCCCACAAAAACCGGCAACACAACAGAUCUGUUUAAUCAUUUGAAGAAGCAGAGGCUGCGUGAUCACAGACAACAUCACGGUAGUAUUUAGUAGCAGCACAUGCCCCCUUGUAAUAACCCCCAUAAGAACUGUUGUUCAGGACUGCUAACUUGUGCUUCCUACCCAUUCGGCUACUGUAAUAAUCGUUGUUCGAGCCCGCACGCAACAUUUUUGUUCUCAUACAUGAAACGCUUAAAUCAGGGACAUUUUCGGGGGCAGAUUUUGCCGGGGACAGGUCUUCCAAUUCGGGGACUGUCCCCGGAAAUCGGGGACGUCUGGUCACCUUAACCUGAUUAUAAGGCGCACCAUCAAUGAACGCGUCUAUCCGCAUCUAUUUUCAUACAUAAGGCCCACCGGAUUAUAAAGCGCAUUAAGCCAAACAAAACCGUCAGAUAAGUCAAACUUUAUUGAACUCAUUCAAUAACUCUGCAAGGCUGUGGUAGCUGCAGUGCUCCGACAAGCUGAAAGGAUUUAAAGUGCGCCUCAUAGUGCGAAAAAUACGAUAAUUUGAUUUGUUAUUUAGUUUGUAUGUUGAUAAAAUGUUGAACUAAUCUCUAGUUUCUUGAGGUUUUAGUACAGAUACUUUAAAACUGGCAGUUUAAAAAAAAAAAUAUAUAUAUGAUAAUAAUCGAGAUCGGACAAUAUGACAAAAUAUAUCGUGACCUUUUUUUUUUGGCCGAACUCGCCCAGUCCAAGCUUCAAUCUUUCAUGUGCAAAUCCAGAAAUCCAGAUCCCGAAUCUGCUUCAUAUCAAGUUAUUGCUCAUCAUUGUUCUGUUUUAUGAUAGAGCUGUCUUAUCAGCAUGUAGAUGUUUUAUACUUGCAGGUCAGCACAGGAUAAAUCAAUCGCGGACAAAUGUGAAAAUCUAUAGGAUAGAGUCAGGUGUGAUUGUUUCUCCCUCGUCCUCUGUUGGGGGAAAAUGUUGCCAAGACAAAUUCUUCAAUAAUUGUUAUUUAGUUAGAGAUGAAAAUAAAUUAACCAUUUUUUUUCUUGACUUCUUUUUCAGCGAGGAGUCUGAUGACAAGCUUUCCAAAUCCAAAAAUGAUUCAGCAGGUCAGUAGCUCUGUUUGUCAGAUUAAGAGAGAAUGAUGAGAAGAUGCUCGUGCACUUUAUUUGAACAUGUGGAAUUGGAUUAGUGGCUCUGAGAGAGCAGGCUCAAUGACUUUUCCUCUGUUCUGCUGCUGCUGCUGCUGCUGCAGAUGACUUUGGCAGUGAGGAAGAGGACAAUGACUUCGGUGAGGAGGAAGAUGAAGAUGGAGGGAGUGACUACGAAGAGAAAAGAGGGAAAAAAGCAAAGAAAGCCAAGGUGGAGAAGCCCAGCAAGAGGGGGCCGAAAAGGAAACGGGCUGCAGGUAAAAACUGAUUCUUUAUUUUUUCUCCUCACAUCAACCUGAUCACAGUGAUUGAACUAAAAUGAAACAGUUUUAACUGGUCAAUAAAUCCAUGAAAAGGUGUCAACAGCCCCUCAUAUCCUCUAAAUUCUGACACGUUGGGUUCAAACGGACUCCUUUGACAAUCUGUAUCAGUGUAGUUCGAGUUUUCUCUUUCUUAUCCAGUUGAAGUAAAGCAGGCUCAUUGUUAUCAGGCUGUAAAUCCUGAGUUAUAUUUAUAGAUGGGCUCUGAAUAGCUGUUCUCUGACAAAUCACUGUUGUGGUGUAAAAGUUGGUGCUUUAUAACAUUUUUUAGUAUUACUUCACCCCACUUACACUGAUAAAUGUCUGUAAUAUGAAAGUGCAAAAUAAAAUAAAAAAAUAGUUAAAAACAAGAAAAUUCAAUAAGUGCUACCAAAAUAAAAAAAACACUAAACAGACUAUUUUACAUGUGUGAAAAGAAGUAUGAAGUUCUUCAAUUCAACCCCUUUGUUUGAAACUUAUUUACUUUCAGUAACUUCAGGAGAACCCCAAAGGGAACUAAUAAUAAACACACAGUGCACAAAUACAUAUGUAUAUACAUAUACAGAUGCAUUUAUAUAAAUAUGUAUCUGAACUAACACCGAAAAAGUUGUUUCUGUGAUAUGACAGCUGACUAAUGCAACAGGUGCUUUAACUUUGAAUUAAUCCAAGAGCAUGUUCAAUAUUUGAAUCUGUAUCUGGUAAGCCUCAGCAGCACAUGCUUGUUCAGUUCACCUGUCGAAGACGACUCAGCCUUCUGUCUUUGUGUGUGUGUGUCGUCUGCACAGAUGACAGUGAUGAUGAAAGGGAAGUGAGUCGAAAGCGUACAGUGCGCCAGGCGGCCUCUAAGGCCGUGUCUAAACAGAGGGAGAUCCUGCUGGGCGACGGAGGCAGCGAGGAUGAGGAGCAUGAAGACGCAGAGGAACCCUAUAUGGACCGUAUGUACAGCUGUAAUGUAGACUGCUGCUGCUGCUGCUGCUGCCACGCUUUAGAAACAUGACUGUCAGACUUUCCUGCACAAUAUUCUGUUGAAGUCUCUCCACCUUUUCACUGAAUAGAAUCAGAUUUUCAUGCAUUUCUAUACCCCAGAUUUAUUCCUCUGUAUCUUUCACAUUGAAGAGUCUGCUUCUGAAAUAAAUAAAAGUUUGAUAUUAUCAGGAAAUCAUAAAGUCGUUGUGGUAUCAUCAUCAAAACCAUCACGCUUUGUAGCACUCAGGGCUUUUGGGUGAGAAAGGUUCUUCUUCUGUUCGCAGCUGACGAGUCAGGCAGCGAUGAGGACUUCAUGGUGGAGGACGAUGAUGACAGUGACUACGGUCACUCCAAGAAGAGAGGCAAGAAGGUCAUUCGACGGGGGCGGCCAGAAAAGAAGGAGAAGAAGAGCCCCAAACCCCGACUAAAGGCCACAGGUAAACAGACCCCAUGAGAGACUCGGCACCAAGUCCUCAUGAGCAGUUUGCCAACCGCAGUAACAGGUUUACAGUAAGAUUGUGAACUUCCCAAAGGGUUUUGUUCCUUUGUGUGAACCCCACUGCUGCAUGUUUUUAUUCACGCCAUUUCUGUCGGCCCUUCCAGUGACCCCCAGCCCAAUGAAAGGAAAGGGGAAGGGGCGCCCCAGUGCUAAGGCCCUGGAGAAGAGCUCACCCAAAGAGGAGGAAGACGAGGAGCCCGAGAGUCCCCUGGAGGAAGAGGAGGAAGAGGCAGAGAAGAAGGAGACGUCCCCCGCCCCCAAGACGACAAAGGAGGCUGGCGGAGGAGAUGAAGAGGAAGAAGAGGAGGAGGAGGAGGACGGCUCAGAAGAGGAGGCACCAUCUGGAGAAGACUAGAGGAUGGUAUCCACUGAAGCCCACCUUCUGUCUCUCUUUCUCUCUCUCUCUCUCUCUCUCUGUCUUUUCUCAAUGUUUUUGUUUCUUUUGUUGCUCUACGUUUUUUUUUCUUUCUUUCUUUUUUUACUUUUUUUUUUUUUCUUAUUUCUUUUUUUUUUUUCUUCUUCUUUCUCCUGGUGGCCUGGCUCAAUGGUUUGGACUUGGUAUGCUUUUUCUUGGUUUGCCCCCCACUCCCCCACCCACUUCUCCAAAACAAGACAUUGUUCUCAUGUGAUCAGAGUGUCUGUGAGGAUUGUUUUUUUUUCUUUACUCGAGUCACAACAUUCACCCUCAGCCACUCUGCUGUCUCUGUUACUCACAUUCUGCAUUUUAGUCGUCAGGCUCCGAGUCCUCGAGCAUCCGUCCGUCUUGAGCGCGAACAAACCAGUUAACUUGUGUUUAUUUUGUCCUCUCUCGGGCUCUGAAACGACUGCCAAACAGUUAAUGAUCCUGUUCAGAUGAAUGCAGAGUGGGUUAGCUAAAGCGCUGUAACUCUCACUGGGGGGGCCGAGGCCGUUCCUCUUCUCUCUGGUACUUUUAAACCUGGAGUGGUUUUAACAGGACAGCAUUAGAGAACCAACCGUUUCAAAAUUAAACGUGUUCUUCAGAAAAACACGGCAUCUUUGUGUUUUAUUUUGAAACUUCAUCCCGACUCUUUCACACUGUACUGACCGGAGAAUCGUCGCUGUGUUUAAAGCAUGUUAUUUUGAGAGGUAGCUGCAGCUGCUGCAUCGUCGAUCGGUUUCAACACUUUUUAAGUAGAUUGUCACGGCAAGAGUGUUCACUACAUUUCGAACCACCACUAUCACAUACUUCAAAGCAGCUUGUGUGGUUUUUAUGUGGAUUUAUACGCUUAAAGUAGGAGUUCUUCUGUAAGAGGGCUAGUUCUUCUCUCUUGGUCAACCGGCUGCUUUUGUGUAAGGGGUUUCCGCUCCAUGCUUAGUGACACACAUUCGUUCAACAACACAUGACCCCCCCGCCUCCCUGCAUGGCUACAGCAUCGUCUGAACAUUCAACCCCUUGUGCCAGGCCCCCGCCCCACCCUACCCUCCACCUAAAUCCUUUCGUUUGUAUUUUGAAGAAAUGCAAGAAGAGAUGUUUCUUUUUUCUGUGGAGAGUUCAGAAAACGAAUGUUGUUUUUUCUCCUGUUGGUUCAUUGUUUUAAUUCUCUAUUCAGAUUUUUUUUUUGUAAUGUUUGUUUUUUAAGAAAAGAAAUAAAAUGUAUCUUGAUUUUAAAGAAAAAAAAGUUGACCCUAUCUAAUCUGUUCUGCCUGAUGGUUGGACCAGCCAUCCCGACUUUUUUCCUCCUGUCCUCUCAUUCAUCCCUUUUCUCUCCCCCCUCUCUCUCUCUCUCAGUCAUUUCAGCUAAACGGUUACUGUUUGUAUCCAUGUCCAUCUGUUUCUUGUAGCUUUUCGUUCACUACUAAGUAUUUUCACGACAGAUACUUUUGAAUUUAGAGAUGUGACGCAUCGACGCCCAGAAACGAUUGACAAACAGAGUGGGCAGCUCGGUAAAUAUCUGGCGUACAUUUGUCUUUCAAUGCCUUAAUUUUCAUUGGGUUCAGUUUCCGUGGUGGUUCUGAAAACGUCACGCAGGCCUGAGAAUGUAACCUGUCCUCAUGUUUUAGGUCUUUGCUACAAGCAGCAAAUUAAAACAAGUCAACAAUUUGUACGAUCAGCAAACCAUCCAAAGCCAUAAAUGAUCUCGAAACUAGUGACUCAGAGAUCAGGAGCAACACUUGUGAGAUUGUCCUUUUUUCAGACGAGUAGUAUUUUGAUGUCAAAGAAGAAGAAAAAAAAAACAAACAAAACAAAACAGGCUGCUAUUGUGAUCUUGGGAACAAAAUUCAUUAUUACGUGCCCGUCAGGUGAAAUUUCAAUUCCUCCCAAGGCUGCAAUAAAAACCAGUCUUGGAUUGUGUACAGGACACACUGGAACCUUGUUCUUGGUUCAGAAGCACAUUGAAUUGUUUUACAAAUGUCCUUCCUAGCAGGUUAGCGUGUUUUUCUACGUUCAGGUCCUGAUUGGCUCCCCCCCUCCAUUCUUCAAUGCCAUUUUAAGAUGAUUGGAUACUCUUAAAGGAAGGAAAGAAGAGUUGGUUCAUGCUAAUCUGAAGCUCAGAGAACACUGAACGCGGUAGGAUCAGAUCCUGUCCUGUAAACCACAGCGAUGAGGCCUUUAAAGAGGGUCCUCUCCAUCAUCCCACAGGAGGCACAUGGCAUAAGGCCGUGAAUUUCUCCUCUGUCACCCACUCUACUCUUUCUUCUGUUGUACUGUUUUUUGAUGUAUUCUUUUCUAUCUACCUUCAGUUGUACUGGCGAUGUAAAUGUAAGCCAAGUUGUGAUUCUUACAGGAGACCAAGAGGAGAAGCUUUUGUCUGUAGUGUGGAAAAAGGAACGCUGAACUCUUGAAUCUUUUGCAUGUUGUGGAAAAAGUGUGAAGCGAUGAUGAAAUGAUGAAAUGAUGCUGGUGAAGGCAAUAUUGUGGUCUCACAAAAAAAAAAGUAUUAACAACAAUGAUGUUGAUAAUGUUUUGGUUUCCCAGCUUCUAAUAAAGGCAACCUACUUUUUAUACGGAUUUAA